CACCACAGCUCCCAGGAGGAGGAAGAAGAGCUCUGUGUUUUGCAUUCUAUUCUUGCAGUGCAUCAUCGUUCAGAAGAUGCUUGUUGCACCAUGGAAGAUAUUAAACAAACAACAUGGCCCCAAACACAACAUGACCUCCAUCUCGGCAAGUAAAAUUUUUCUGGUGUUUUUCCAUGAUAAGCAUCAUCGGGAAACAGCAUCAUUUAGCCUAGCUUGUUGCCAUGGCAUUUUGUGAAAGGAAAGCUACUGAACAGGCUUAAUUGGUGUCUUUUCCUGUGACAUAAACUGCAUUAGGAUCACAUCCAAAUAUGCUGCCGUGUUCAUCCCUUUGCAUGUAUGUCUCAAUUAGAUUAGGACAGUUUCAUCUCUGUUUUAAUGACUGCAUACACCCACACCAGAGCAUAAAGUAUCCCCAUGAUGAAAAAAAAAACACAUCUCUAUUUGCAAUUUCAUUAGAGUCUCUGACAAAUUGUGCAUGGCUGAAAUGCCUGUAGAUGUAACCUUUAUGGGCCCGCUGAUUGCCUGUAAGAUUCCACUUUGCUGGGGGAUUCAAAUUACAUUUGAAAAUGUUAAAUUAUGUCUGAGAAAAAGCACAUAAACGCUAAACUGUGAAAUAAAAUUGACUCUAGACUGAUAACAGAUCAGUAAAUGCUCUGCAAAUUCUGUAUUUAAGUGUUUAUGGUAGUGUGUGCAUUGCGUUAAGUGACCAGGUAACUGCAGAAAAAGGUGAUUCAGGUACAAAACCAACAUAAGCAUCAAUGACUUCUGAUGUAAAGAGAGCACAUUUCAGCUGGAAAUGCUUCAAAGCACAUUUUGUUUUGCAACACUGUCUACCUCUUUGUAGCCACAGAUGGUCGACGCCAACUCCACUCAACAAAGCCCACUUCUUGCCUAAAAUAUGCUUUUAGGUUGUGGCUACAAGUUUUGACAUUUUUUCACAGCCAGAGGAUAUAAAAGUGGAAUAAUUAGCGAUAAAAAAAGAGAUUAAAAUGGAUAAAUGGGACUUAAUGACUCCCUGAGGAACCCUAACCAAGAGCAGAGUAAAAUCAAAUUAUGAUACAGAUAACAGUGCUUUGGCAAUGAUCAUCCAUAGAUCUCUCUGUGUGCACUCGCACAUACUCCAUUAGAUGAUUGAAAUACAGCCUGUAGUGUUCAUUUGAGUAUUGAUUAUUUAAUUAAGCAGAUCUUAAUGUGCUGAGUAGACAGAUUGUGGCGGUUCGGGCUGAAUUAUGUUGGGUUUUUUUUAACAAAAAUUUCUAGACCAAACAGAACACUUUGAUAUUUUUAUGUUAAUUAAAUUUUUGGUCAUUUUUUUUUGUUCUCUUGUGUUUCCUCACUUAUCACUCCUCAGUUUUCACACCUCUCCAGUGGGGUUCAUAACUACUCCCAGUUUGGCAGAAGACCAAGGAAAUAUCAAUUAAGAGUGCUGAGAUGCACCUCUUUGGUUUCUCAUAUCGAAGCAUUUUCCCUGAAGUCAUCCCUAGCAGCCUCAGUGUUUUGGUUUAAAGUGUUCCCUUGGUGUCCCUGAAACUCCAAUUUCCAGUCAGCUGCUCCGCAGUAGUGGUUUAGUUUACCCGAAUCAAAGCAUUUUGUUAAGGGCACCUUGUUUGUUUUGGCUCCUUAUUAUUUAGGUUUUACUCUUCAUAAUGCUGAUCACUUUGGAUUUCUGUAACGAUACCUCUAGAACGAGUUUAUUUCUUGCAACAAACAAAAAAGUAAUCAUCAAGAAACCAAAAAAAAAUGUAUCAUACAGCUAACGUAGCUGAGGGUUUUUGAAAAAACAUAUAAUGAAAUAAGGAUCUUCUUCUAGACCAUCUGUUGUAUCAAAAUGAGCUUAAUCCGUCAGCUCUUACUUCUAAACUGUCGCAUUUGAAACUCAUUGAAACAGACUUAAAAUGUAUUCAUUGAUUUUUUUAAACCAAAACUUUGGGCAAAAGAGAAAUACAUCUUUGGUACCAGUCACAUUUCAUGACAGUACUGGGGAUCCUGGCUUGAAAAUUAGCCUAGUUACUGUUGCUAUGCCUGCAAUGCAUUGGUUUUGUUUGGUUAAGUACUUAUGCAAUCACAUAAUGAAAGAUGUAGAGUACAAGCUGAGUGCAUUAUUCCCUGUAUCUAUUAAUGUUCAUUCAAAGUUUGCUGUUAUUUCUGAAACACCAGUUUAUCACAGAGGUAGAAAAAAAGUAGGCCAACUAUUAUCAGCCCACCUAAAUGUUUUGCCAGGAAAAAAUUAUCCAAAAAGAACUUUGCAGCUGUGAAACAGUGCUAAAUCAAUUCUGGACACAUUCACUGGUUUUCAAAAUUCUGAAAAAAUACAAAAUAAAUGAAUAAAUAAAACACCCCCUACCCGACCCUGGAGUGAUAAUACUGAUUUAUGUUUCCAGCAGGUGGCGCUCUUACUUUAAUGAAAUAUGUAAACUAUUGAACACAUAAACAUGGUUAUCCCUGGACGCUUGACACAUAUGGUGAGUUUGGAUCAGAUUAGUCCUCGUAUGGCUGAGAUAAAAACUACUUCCUGUUUUCAUGGUAGGACAGCCUCCUUUGCUAACAACUCAAACCUUGGAUAACUUAAUUGUUCAGGUCUCUUCUAGCGUCUAACUUGUGUGAAGUAACUGAGCUCUAACUUGGCCUAUACUUUAAAUAUUUCAGAUUAAGUUAGGACUUAGUUAUGGAUACAAUAAAUAUCGAGGUAAGGCCUAAGUAAGGAUAUGAAUUUAAAAAAGGCUCGGUUAAGGCCUAGUUAAGAGUGUAAUUAUGGCUUAGUUAAUGCUCAAUAAAGGCUUUAUUAAAGGUGUUAUAAAGACUUAUUUAAGAGUGUAAAAAGGUCUGAUUUAAGAAGUACAAAAAAAUUAUGAAUAUAUUUGAGGAUAAAAAAGUAAUUAUAACUAACAAGUAUACGGUGAAUUUAGACUCCUUUGUAAGUCAAUUUUGUCUGUUUUUUUGUUUUUGUGUAUCUGUCCAACCAUCUGUCUGUUUUUUAGUGCCUAGUCAUGUGCACAAACAUGUGAGUCAUUUGUCAUCAUCAAGGCAGGAAGGAGCUGCCAGACAGGGCCCAAUCAAGUGUUCAACACAGCGCUCUGAUUCACAGGAAAUGUAUGCACGAAGCACCAAAGCAUGGACAAGUGCAUUACAAUCAUCAAAGCAGAUGGAUCAUCAUCAUCAGUCGGCUCGCUUUGAGUGGAUCCACAGCUCGUAUCACAAGGAGGGACUUUGUUCUAAAAAGACAUACCAAAAAUCAUGGCAUUUGCUAUUGACUAUGCAUGAUAUAUCAUGAGUUAGACUCAACUAAAGAACUGUAAAAUCAUUAAAGGGAUAUUCUGGCAUUUCUUUAUCAUUUCCUUGAAGUAAUAAUCACUGUAUUACCGCAAGACCUCGGGCGAGUCCAUCGACUACAGUAGGGGACUCAGCUCAAGGAAGAACAUUUAUGAUAAUUUCUUCGUAGAAAUGCAAUCAGACAGAGAUGCUAAGGCAAAAGAACUACCACGUUUGCAGUGCAAAAUGAUUAAUAUGGUGAAAAUUACUUAAAGAAAAUUGUUUUUUUUUUUAGUGAUCAUAAAUGUUCUUCCUUGAGCUGCAUCAUCCAGUUUGCAGUUCGUAAUGGACUGGCCUGAGGUUUCACUACAAACAAGCGGCUGCUGGAAGAGAGUGGGUGACUUGUGUUUAGUCUCUUUGCUAAAGAAAUUAGGCAAAGUAAAAAAGAUGUCUGGUGGCUAGGACCCUACAGGUACUGUUGAUGAAGUUAGGUGCUGUUCUGAGCAUUAUUUGUGGCUAUAGAGUGGCGUUUUGGUUGAGGUUUGUUUAUGGCUCCUCAGAUUCCUGUGUAUUGCUAUCGUGGGGUCCUUAAAGUUGGCAAAACUAGAGAAGAAAGUGAUCUGCAACAUUCAUCUCUCAAGGGGGGUGUCUAACUCCAGGUUGUGGUGUGUUUGACCAUAAAUUAAUUUUAAGCCGGAACAUCUCUUUCAGUUUUUUCUCUCCCUCUUGCCAAGUGCUUGUUCACCGUUUUAUUAAUAUAGAGGCAGAAAAUAACAAAAGGUGACUUUCUUAUAAUGUAAAGUGUGAUGAGGUAAUUGUCACUGUGAUAUAUAAAAACUUAUUGAAUUGUCUGGUUGAUAAAUAAGCUGCUGUUUAUAGGGGUGCUUCCAGUAAUAGCAGCAGUAAAAUUAAUGCUUCUUCUGAUCCCGCUUUCCUGCUAUGCUUUCAUGCUUCCAAAGCUGUAUUUGAUUGCUCUAUUGGCAGCAAUAAAAAUAAUAAUCUUCAGUUUUUUUUCUUUACUCUUUAAGAAGCUUAUCAGCAGGCCAGAGGCACUUACUGAGCUGUCUGUACUUUAUGUGCGCUAUAGAUAAUGCAGAAAUCCCCAUGAGAGUGUCAAUGUGAAGCACGAAUCUUGAAACGCUGCUCCCUGAUCACACUUUUAUACACAGACACCCCCACUGGGAAUAAAUCCCCACUCCAAUGACCAAUCCCCUGUGGAUGUGUCACUGCAGAAAGUGGCGCUUUCUCAGUCACUGUGCAUCUGCCGGUUUGACUUCUUUGCCCUGGAAAGUUCAAAACAGUGUGACACGAUGUGCUUCAUGACUACAAAACAGCCCAGUUUAAUUGAGAUCCAAAAUGUAAUUUAGGGCACCAUAUGUGGAGUCAUGUGUGUGUGUGCUAUAGGAUCAGUCACAGCCAUCUGCACGUGCAUGUGUGAGACUAUGCAUGUGAUAUUGUAAAACUCAUCAUUAUUAAUCAGUAUUGAUUCAAGGCUUUGGCCAACCAUACUUCUUGAAGGUUGCAUGGGAAUUGUGUCCCCCACUGAGAUCUGUGGAGAACUGAAGCACAGCAAGGAAGUGCGAUCAGGUCUGGAAGACAGACAGACGGACAAACAGACAGAAAUUACAGAAGGAGAGGUGUGUGUGUCACUGAGGUCAGUUGUUGAAUGAGUUGCUCAGUCUUUCUCACCUCUCUGAUAAUUACUCCAUAUUGCUGCCCUCUCCGUUGCCAGCGAUCUUAAUGAGCAUCCCUGUGCUCCGUGUUCUGGCUAAUAAAUUCCACUUAAACCCAACCCUUGAUCUCAUAUGUUACAUUUCACUUUCACACCUCACAAGAGGGGAUGCAGCAUGUGCGGAUAUUUCAGUCUAUGGAUAUGAAAUGAGGCUGGGGUGUUUUACAGUUUCAAUCAGAGGAUCAGUGCAUGACUGCUUAUUCAAAUUACACCCGUUUCACAGAGCAACGGUUGAAUCCAGACACAAAAUUGCACUGCAUGUAUUAAAUAUAUUAAACAUUACUCAAAACUGUAACAUCAUUAUGUGCAUGUGGAUAACAGGGAUGUAAAAGGUGUCACAAAUAGUGUGAAAACUGAAGAGAAUCAGCAUCCAUCUACUGUUCACCACAGAUAUGAUGCCAUGUUAAUGUUGUUUAGUGCCAGUGUUGUUUUGUUGGCGAUGACGUUGACGAUAAUCAUAUUUCGUCAACAAAAACAACACUGCAGAAUAUAUGUUUAGUGUUUGACUGACGAAAUGCUCAUGAAUUUUGCAACUCUGUUUGUCGUCCACCACUUACGUUUUUGUCUAGUCUCAUCUCAUCAACGUAAACGCACAUUCAUCUGGUCACAUUUUAGUCAUCUAAGACUUAUGUUUGGCUCGUCAACGUCACGUCUUCGUCGUGGAAAAAAAUAUUUUCGUCAAUGAAAACAACCAGUGUUGUUUUCGUUGAUGAUGACUUUGACAAAAUAUUUUCGUCAAACGUCAUUGACAAAAUAUUUUUUUUAAUGUCUUCGUCAAUGAAAACAACACUGUUUAGUGCACUGCUUUUUUUUUGGCAUUUCUUUUAGAGCAUUCUUUUUCUGUUCGCCAUUAUUGGGACUUAAAGGCCUACGAACAGACGCUGUACAAACUUAAUGAUGUAGUUGUAGAGCGAUGGGACAGCAGAUACAGUAAGAAACUGGUAAGAGAGUCGUAAAGGGUAAAAAGCAUAGACUGUCUACACUAUGGACAACUUGGUUAAGCCUUCCGCCAGUAUACGGAUUUGUAGCCGAAGAACUCCACUUUUUCUCCGCUUCCUGAAACCAACAUUGCGCAGUAGCGCUGUAUGCACUACACCAGUAGCAUUGUACACAUUCGGUGGGAGAGUCACCAAGAGUCACUGUGAUGACUAAUAACUUUUAAAAAUGGAGCUGCACAGAAAAAAUGAGAACUUGAGCACAAACCAGUCUUACAGUAACUACAUGUCAACAUCACAAGAAUGGGGGGGAGCAAAAUUUAUAUUUAUGAACAGUAAAAAAAAAAAAUCAUUGAAUUUAACUGUUGGUCUAUUCAUUUUAGAUGCUGUGAAAUAAAUGUUUAAUAUCACAAUCUGAAACACCAUUACGGGGAUCUGGUUCACAUCUGCCAUUGUCUGGUCAUUUUAUAAUGGAUUUCUACAGAAAAAUGUAAAAAUCACAGACCAUGAAUGUGACAGAAUUUCUUGGUUUACAUUUGCAGACUUAAGAAAGGAUUCACGCUGAGAGUUUGCUGCUGCUAUUCUGGUUUUUGCCUCAAUGCAAACAGCCUCAGUCUGGCAAUCAGAGAGAUAAAAUAUUGGAAGAUGAAAAGACAAUAUGACAGCUUCAUUGGAAUAAAUACAGUUUUAACAUUCACAAAUGAAAAAUCAAUACAACUUAUCCUGCUAAACAUACACAGAAAAGUGCAGAAAAAGAGAAAGGGAGGGGGGAGACUCCAUAAGAGUGAGUGCAGAGCAGAUCUGAUGCGUGUCUGCUCUAAUGAGUCUGUUUGAUGUGAUUAACUGCAGAAUAAGUAUUGAUCUUUAGCAGAAGCAGGAUUUAUUAAUAACAUGUCAGACUCAUGUGAUGAAGUGCUGCUUUUAUUUGAUUUCUUCUAUUAUAUUCCAAUAAAAGCUCUAUUAGUACCUGUCUUUGCUGUCAGUCAGGUCAAAUUUGCUUGAUUUAGGACGAAGGAAUAAUUAAGAUACUUUCACUGAACUCUGCAGGAUGUGUUUUAAAUAAAAGUCUUAUAUUGUAAUUGUGUGUCGAUUCCUGAGGCACCGAGGAGAGAAAUCCCAUCUGUAUGGCAGUAUGACUUCUGUGCUGUCUAACUCAGGGGCAAAAACAUCACUCACCUGCACAAACACACAAACACACACACACACACACCUCAAUACUGCCACCAGCACAAAAACAAGAUCCACAAAAGCAAAGCCCAGCUUCCCUCCUCCUCUGAGGUUUGAGCUCUGUUCUGGCCUGAAAUCCUACAAAAUUGUAAUCUAAAAUGUUACUCGCUUUACACCAGAUUCAUGUGCAGAAAAAAAAGACAAGUGUGUUUUUCAGUGUGAGUAAAUUCACAACACUCUGAGUCAUUUUCCCUCUUUUAUUUCGUCUCCACCCCCCCUUCUUACCGAUAAAAGGCUAUUGAUCGCUGUAUUUUUUCUCAGGCUUUAUCGACUCACACGUCCUUAAUUCAAGAAAAUGCAGUAAAUUCUUCAUGAGGUUUAGCAAAAAAAAAACAAACAUAAUUUGACCUCAAGUAUUGACUAAAUGUGUGCACUUCUCACAGGCAGAGCAGCUACGGUACAAUUCUCAAUUGUAAAUACUGUUCUAAGGAGUUAAAAACGUCUACUUUGUCUCACAUUUUCUAAACACUGCUCACAAGUACGCACAUAAAUGGCUUUUUUUCCAUCUGACUAAAUAUAUCUCUAUGCAUGACAGAGUGUAGGAGUACUCCCCUUCAAUCCUGGCAUGAUGUGCCUUUCUGCACCCCACUACCAUCAUCUGAGACAGGAGAGAAACUACGCACAUGCUGGACUAAAAAAGACAGAUUCCACAGUGGAGCGGCGAAUGAAUCAAAGGCAGUGAGCUUGAGAUAAUCACAGCCAGGCACUCUGCGGUGGGAUCAAAAGUUUCUGCACCUGCCACAGUGCGCGUGGAGGAGAAAGAGGACCGUACACCUCCUAUCCUGAAGGGACCAUGACACAAACACAACAUGACUGAUGACUGUGUACACACGUCAGGACUUGUUUCUCAGCUCUCAUUUGUACGUGGCUUGUUUUUUCAGGGUUUGGUUCUGAGGUGAGACUCAAGGGGAAACAUAUGGGAAUGAAAACUGUUGUUAUUUGCUGAGGUGAUGCGUUGGAGUGUUUCAUCUGAGGGGUGUGAUGUCUGACAUCCCGAGCACACAAUCAUGAGGUCAAGAAGGGUGAAAGGGAAUGUCCUCAUACAUGAACUCUGACCUCUUUAGCUGGUGUGGCUUAGAAAUCUAAAACCUUUCAUGUUUGCCGUCUUUUUAAUGAAGUGUUGACAUCUCUCUGGAUUCUUACCAGUAUUAAAACAAAUGCUAAAAACUGCACUGUAACUAUUAUAUGAAAACGGUUUAAUCCCACUUUGACUCGCUCCUCUUAUGAGGCGUGACCCACCCAAACAGCUCUUUCAUUGUAACACCAACUCUUAUUUUGGUAGGAAACAUACAGGAAAUGAAAGGGAACAAGUUAUCAUAAUUUUGUGUUUAACAGCAUAAUAUGUUUAUAUUUGGGCAUUUGGGUUCACAUAAUUAAAAAGUAGCAUAAUUGAUAUAGAGGUUUGGUUGAAGCAUCUUCUGCUGAUCAGAAAGAUUAAGUUACAAAAUGUCAUUUAUUUAAAAUGAACUUUCCUUUCCUUCUUGUUUUUUUUUUUUUACAGUGUGUCCUCUCAUUAUUAAAGUUUACACAUCCAACUUUGUUACAAGGGUGAGUAACGAACAGUAAUGGCUAUAUGCAUUAUUUUUUUAAUAAUCAUAGCAUAAUUUCUAUUGUUUUUACUGCCAUCUUCAUGCAAUCAUGACACCACUCCUAAUCCAGCAGGGUAAACAUUAAACUCAGCUAGUUUACAUGCCGUUCCAAAAAUCUAUUUAAUCAAUUAGUCUGACUGAAACUUUUAAACUACAUGCAAACACAUGUAUCUGGAUAAAAUCUGAUUGACUGAAGCUGUCGUAUCCUACAAACAAACAGUACAGAGCUGCCAGUGCAUGAGGCGUCCUCAUUGUUCCACAUGUAUCUGGUCAGUCACUUGCUAAUAUGUUUAUCGAUUGUUUUGGUUUGUGACAUACAUAGAAGGUCAAGUGGGAGAUGACCCAGUAGUAAUGAGGUGAAAAGGGUCAUGUCACCGCCUACUGUAGUGGAGGUGGACAUGCUUCUGUAAAAAAUUAAUUACAGCCCAGUGCUUGAAAACUAAGACAAGGAUAGUAGUCCAGUUAAAUCACCUAAUCUAAACCUAAACUAUGACUGUAGCUCGGCUUGACUGUGCAUUUAAACGUGCUGACUAUGAGGGACAGAUGUGAACAGGCAACUCUGAAAAUGUAGGCGUCAGAGAUCCUGAAAACCCGUAGAAAAAGGCUGAAGGUUCUACAUUUUUCUUAGCCUUAAACAAGACUAUUUAUCUGUACUGUACACUCCUGUGGGUGCAGCAGGUGUGAUUAACAUCUUUUAUUCUCUGGUAGGUUUGCAGUGACCUUGCGUUGGUAUGGUAACAUAGUGAACAUCCACCAUUUCUGUAUUUCUGUGAGUGCAAGUUGGCGUAAAAGACUGGAAUUCAGGUGUUGGCUGAGGCAAUGCUAGACAUUUUCCAUUGCAUCCAGACACUACAAGCCUUGUGAAAUAUCUGUUUGUUUGAUGGGUUUAUAACACCUCCAAAAGAGUUCUGGGUCUACCCUCUUGGAAGAUGUCCUUGUCAGAUGUUCAGACCACUUGAACUGGUAUCAAAGGAUGUAGGUAUACAAAAAAUGGCAGCAGAGCUACUGUUGCAGUUUGCUACAGAUAAUACAGUGGUUAAGAUCUUUAAAAAGAGCUUUGCUUUACUAGCAUAUGAGGCUUGACUGCUUAAAAAGAAACGUCACAAAUUGAUCUCAUUUAAAACCAUUUUAAACCGUCCCCAUGCCAGGAAAUAGAAAUGUUUUCCUGCUCUCUCUUUUCUAUCCUUCUACCUGUUGCGUGAAUGCAGUAUGUCUCUGACAGGUCAGACAUCUACCAUGCUAACCACCUCUCUAACAAAAGGAACAGGAGAUUUCUUGCUCUAAAAAUAGAGAAAAGUGGAGGAUCUGUAUACCUGCACUCACUCUGUUGCGAGGAGGACUAAUGAGGCUACGGAUUCGUGUGGGUGGACUGAGUGUAUGAAUGAGCUUUGUGUCAUCCUGGCAUAAAGGCUCGAAACAGCCUGAAUAGACCAUCAAAAAUUCAAUAUAUCACAUCCUGAGGAAACUGUGGACCAACUAUGGGGGAAAAAAUGUUGCUUUUCACUCAGGGAUCCCCUGUUCCAUUUUUGAUAGAGACCCCCGGCAAAUGCCAGUGUUGUUAGCUCUACCGAUGCUUUUCCUGCUGUUGGUGCUGGUUUGUAAUAUAGUAAAUGUCAUCACGGGGAUAAUACUUUAGCCAAUUGAUUAUUAGAUCAAUAAAAAUAUCUUAUUAAUGGAUGGAUUAAGUUUGUUUUUGAUGGUUGAGUAAUAAGCAGGACAAUGAACAAUGAGCAGAUGGUUAUGCAAAUUAGAAUCCAGACAGGAUGAGAUAAGUGCUGCUCACCCUGUUUGAGAUCUAAUUUGCACAACUACCUGUUCACUAUACAAUACCCUUUUUUCAUGUUUCUGGUUUUCUUUUGGUUAUUUAAAACAUUUUCAUCUAAAAUUGAUAUGGAUGAUGGAUGAGGAUGUGCUCUCACAAUAUAAUGCUCUGUACUUCACCAGGUCACGUUCCUAAUUGGACUUAAAAAAAGAGUUGGACUGAGAAAGAGGUGUUAAUUUUUCUUUUUCUGCUUAUCUUUAAAUGAGAGAUGCCCAAAUGAGAUUAGCUCAAGGUCACAGAGUUAUUCUUCAUUUUAAAGACUAAAUAGAGAGUGUGAUGUUUUUAAAGUUGUUUAAUAGUUUGAUCGGUCAUCGUGAUGCUACGCUUCCUGGUUGUAAUGCAGUUUAAACCCAGAGGUAAUUAGAGGUGUUGUUGCAAUUCACCCCCUGAUGGGCAGUUGGCUCGGGACUCUCUUUUGCUGUGUGAUUUUUCCUCUCAUUUGUCAUCAUCUUCUGGGUGUUGUAUUUUUAAACUUGAGAAAAUGUUAAAUUAGUGCUCUCAGCUCUCUUGGUGAAGUUCUUGCACUCUGUUUACCUUUUUUUUUCUUUUGCACAAAUCUCCAUCAUGAUGGACAGGGUUUUGAAAUACAUAUCACAAAAAGAUCCUUCUGCUGGGCAAACCAAGUUGCGACAUGAAACAAACUGCAAACUCCUGAAUGCCACGGAGCUUACCGUACAUCAGCAGAGGUGUUCUCGAUAUUUCAGCUCAGGAUGUCUGUUUAAGUCCUGCAGGAGCUGACUUCUUCAACACUGAUGCACAGUCAGCUCUAAAAACAGCACCUGACCUUCUUUGAAGCAGCACAACCAACAUGUGGGGAGACAUAUAAACAUUACUCUCAAACCUCUGUCUAAAGGGCCCUGAUUUUACUUUGAGGAGUGUUCAAAUACAAGCAAAUUUAACAUAUUAAUUUUCCAAUGACUGUUCUUUCACAUAUUCAAUUCCCCCAUCUGUUAAUAACCCUACUUGAUUAAAGCGUGUAAUCAUCUUUAUUCCUGUUUAAUCUAUUAAAGCAGUGUCAGCCAGCUCCUCCAGCUCUCGACUAUCUCAAGGACUUUGAGAAUAUGUGCGCCCGUAUGUGGCACUGAUGACAUCUCUCAGCUCAUUUUUCCCUCUGUUUGCUCGGGAUGAUUAAUGACAGUCUGUCUGACACACACAUAUACACACACGCACAUGCUCUGCUUCCCUGGUACAUUUGUUGUAUGAAUUCAGAUACCUCAAGUGAGUGUGAAACGUACCUCACCUGAGCAUCCAUUUGACCUGCUGGAGUCAGCUCCACCUUCAGGGCUUCUUCUUAGACCAACAAGAGAUUCUCCUCAGCUCGACUCUCAGCCACUCAGGCUUUGAUGGAAACCUCUUUCACAGUCUGGUUCAACUGACCUAUUAAUGAAACAUGAAGGACAGAAAUGUGGAGCUCUACAGUUAUGAAAUGUUUCACUUUUGGCUCAGCAUAAAAAUGUAUAGAAGGGGGAUGGACAUCUGAGGAUAUAAUGGAAAACACCUGACUCUUACAUUUAGUUAUUCACUCUAGUUCUAUUACACUGUGAUCUUGUGGAGGUGGGAUAAUUUUAAUCGAAGUGUGCUGACGUAAAGCACUUGACACUCAAACUGGGCUUUUUUGAUAUGUAUAUUUGCUGAAAUUACUGUCCUUGUUUCACUAUCUCAUGAUUUCAUUAUCUGCAAUUUAAAUGAAAUGGGAACUUUGGUAAUAAUUGCCUGCAAUUAUUGGCUAGCCGGCGCCCAUUAGCAUUUUGCUUGUUUCAUGAUUUAAAAGUGGCCUGUAAACGGCUGAGUGUAAUAGAUCUACUGGGAACAAUUACCUUUAAAAGGGAUGGUAAUGACAGAGUACGUAGGAAACAAUUCACCUGCUCCUGCAGCAACGAGCUUGUGUUCACUGUACGGCCACAGGAAGAAAAAAAAAGAUGUCUGACUUUAAAAUGUGGCUCAUUUGGUGUACAUAAACUUGUAUUGAUUAAACAAUUUGUAAGAGAAGGUUAGGCUUUAAUACAACAGCAGAAUACACUAUCAUGCCUUUAAAAGCUGUUAUCCCUGUGGAGUGAAAUUCAUUCACAGGUAAUAUACACUCUGGAGCCAGCACUGCAAUGGAGGGGCACUUUUCUCCAACCCUUCUGGCCAUCAGAUGAGCUGUUAUCGACAAAUCUGUCUGUCGCCUGUGAGGACUCUGCUGGAAUCUUUAAAAAAGGUCAAGGGGAAACUCAGCUCAAAAUUGAAAAUGUCUGCUCCAACUUACAUGACAAGAAAUAAACACGUUUUGUACAAAGAAUGCCCUGUAUGACUUUAUCUGCCUGUUUAAUUUGUAAUCUUAGUGUGCGACAGUGAGCAUAAGUCGGUAUAAUUAGCUCCAGAGUGGGUGUCAGAAAGUUUGCAUCAGAGAAUCAAAUCCAAAUUAUAGUCAGAGUUUGAGUAUUUCUUUAACAGAUGCUUCAGUAAAAACUUCACAAAAAGGUUGUGCUUCUUUUGUUCUGUGUCAUAGCAACACAGUCUUGCAUCUCUUGAGGCAAUUAGAAAAAGUACAGCACAUAACUUCACUUUUCAAUCAGACAAAAAAGUGCAAAGAAACAGAUGUGCCCCCUAAGUCUGAAAUAAAUGCUAACAUAAUCGUAAAUCCUUAAAAACACAUUUAUAUGCUUUUACAACAACCUGAAAUCAGGGAAGAAUAAACCAGAGGCACUACUUUCAUCUAGUCCGACAUUUACUGUUAUUAGGCUGCCACCUACUGGUGAUUUCUGCGCAUGAGCCCAUCGUGUUCUUUAAACAAGUCCACCACCAGGGGGACACUUCACUCCUACAAGCAGAUAAAGGAGCUUCAAACCCCUCAGAGGCAGACAGCACCACUUUUUGUCCUCAAUAGUACAAUGAAAUCAUUUUUCUGGCUAUGAUUUGAGCUGUUUUCUCUUACAUAAGUUGUUUUUUUCCUCACAAAUGCAAUCACACAUACUCCAACACUAUCUGUACUAUAACUUAUCAGAGAUAACAGUGAGGUUGACUUGCCAAACAAGCCACAUGUCUCAGUGCAAGAAUAACCCUGCAAUAAAUGCUGCUGUUUAUCAGUGAUAGGAGGCCAGAAAUAAAGAAAUGUGUGCAUGAAUAAGAGCAGUAUAAACACUGAUAACAUACCAUUAUUUCAUUGAUAAAAAGUUCAUCUUAGUGUUGAACCAGCCAGCUCAAGUAUUACUUUUAUAUCUGCUAUGAGUAAAAAGAGUUUUUUAAAUGUCUACAGUAUGUCCUGGAUGUGACUGUGAAGAAUUAAGACUGUGAUGUCUUUUGAAACCAGUUUUAUGACAUAAAGUCCUUUCAAAUACAAAAACUUUUAAACUACCAGGAGUGUGACAGUUUGGAGAUAAAUAAAAAGGAAAGAGCCCAAAUGCAGAACAAAAAAAGGAUUUGCAUAAAAAGACCUAAAUAAGAAGCGACAAAAACUUACUUUAAAUGUCUACUGAAAGAAAUUCCCAAAAAACACAAGAAAAAUCCAAACCAAACAAUUACAAGGAGAUACUUGGGACACUGGCAUAGGCACACCUUGACAAACACACAAUGAAGCAACAAAGAAACAAGGGAAGACGAUGAUUAUUUAUAACGAGAGGCAGGUGAGCCACUGAGACACGGGUGCAGACAAUUACAGAGGAGGGAAACCUGAGGAAGUAAAAUAAGACUAGAAACACAGGAAAUAAACUACUACAAAAUAAAACAGGAAACACUGAAAACUGAUAUAAAGAAUAAAACACCCUGAGAACAUAGGGGAAACAGGAUCAGACACAAACUGAAAACUCACAAGACAGGACUACAGGGGAACAGAAACACUGGGAAGAAACACAAAGAAAAUACACUCGGAUGAUCCAAACCAGGGGGAAACCAAAUACCAGAACAUAUCAUGACAAGAGGAUCUCUUGUAUGGCCCACUGUGGGCUGGCAGUGCUACAAUGUAAGCCUGGAGAAACAGUUACACUUUUAAAGAAAAAUCACAUGAUUUCACUGCUUUGAGGACCCAGCUGUGACAAGAGCAGAGCAGUCCAGCACAGACAAUGGCAGGACAGUAGUGCUGGACAAACUGUUCAAAUUGCCAGCCAGUCAUGUGACUAUUGAAAUCACAUGAUGGCAGUGAGGGGUCUGGAUGUGAGCUUUGGCAAAAUCAAACAGCAGCAUGAGGCAGUCAGUUUGAACUUCUACCUCUUUGGAAUACUAUGAGUAUAAAAAAAAAAGGAACAGACGGUUUAAAUGAUUUCACAGGAAAAUAAAGAACUUUCAGAGUUUUUGUGAUGAAAAGAGUCCAGCAAUCCUCUAUGACUGUUUUACUUUUGUCUAAUACAUAACGUUUUUAAAGAUUUUACACCUGAGCAUUAACCUGUGAAAAGUAUGCCACGUCUUAUCUGAGCAAUGCGGUUAUGAUGCUGUUUUUCUGCUAAUAACAAGGUCAAAUAAAAAUGGUCUGAGAACAGUAAACAAGGUGAGUUUACUCUUUAACUUUUUUUUUCUCACACUAAUCCUCUUUGGCAAGAGGCUGUUCAGCACUCCUCCUGAUAUGCAGCCACCGUGUUAAAUAUUAAACUAGAGGCAGAGAAAAGUUCAGAAUGAGGUUAACCCAGGUAAGAUGGUGGUGUGACCUUUUAAAGCGCUUGGCAAACAGAACAACUGUAAACAAGACAAGCAAAUUCAAUAUAACUUGUCCUGCAGCUUCGACAGAGGUCUUGACUUCCAUAAAACAUGUUGAUGAGAGAAACCAAACAUUAAAAUGUCAUUAGCUUUAUGAAACUGCAUCUUUAACAGUGUUAGUGAAUGUUAUUUUGACCAUUGUAGUUGUGUAUUUUCUCAUCCAGAGUAAUUGUUUACAAAGAUUCUUGAUCAACAAUGAAACAUAGGUGACCCCAAAUGAGCUGAAACGAGUUCAGUCACAUGUUUGAGUAACUGCGGUUUGACUGUCAGAGUGAGCUGUCAUAUUAAUCACUGUCUGUGAAUCAGCUGUAGGGGUUGUCUGUGGAUUACAUCAUCAUUAAAGUCUGUCUCUGAAGGAGAGGCUGCACCAGAUUCUUCCCUAUUCCUCUCUGCCUCUCCCUCUGUUUCAUACAGGGUUGCAUCCACUGAUAAAGGACUGUGAUUGGUCGAGAGUAACACCUGAGCAGACAGCUGGAGGUAACUUUGGAAACUGAUUGGCUGCUCAAACUGUGCUGUUCACGGGCACUUCUAAUGAAGCUGGCUUGAAUAGGGCCGUUGUGUGUGUUUGUGUAUACACACACAGGCAGGAACAGCAUCACACAAACACAUGGUUGCAGUCCAGCACAAUAACUGGAUGACGAAAAAGUUCCUUUGUAGAGCUUUUAAUGAUCAGUUUUAGUCAUAGAAGUUGAAUUUGAACACUGUGGUAAGUUUUCAAUUUGUGGUGUUAGCUCAUUUGUUCACAGACAGUGUUAAACAAUAAGGUACCAUGAAAAUGCAGCCACUAUCUGUACAUGCCGUGCUUAUCACCCAAAUGAACUUCCCUGCGAGAAGAUUACAAACCAAAGUGUUUUCCUUUAGAGUCAAGAGGCUACUAAAAGGUCAAUGGCAGUUAUCAAGCUCAGCACUUUGAGGUUUACAGUUGAUAAGACCAGCAGCCAGUUUUCCACAACAGACACAAGGUAAAGAGUAAACAGGACUGUUUUCUACUUUUAUAAAGUUUAUUCUGAGGAAGUAAAAAUUCUUGAUUUUUUUUAGCAUACAGUCAAACAACACUCAAAUGUUGGGCCACACACAAAGAGUAGCAGUAAAAUCAGCUGGCCUAGCUUUGCUCAAAGUUUUAUGAUGUGUUAAAUGAAAAAAUAGCUUUACAUUAGCUGUAAAGAUGUGAUUAUACUGCUUAUUAUAACACUUUAAGAAUGAACAUUUAAUAUAAGAAUUCAUCAAAAAGAUGAAAUACUCUUUAACCUGACCACAACACAUUAAACGCCACUGUUUCAGAAGCAGGAACAGGAAAACUCCUCUUAUUCAACUGUUUUUUGUUUUGACCAAACAAGUCAUCUUACUUUCAAAUUCGUCCAAUAAAUAAAGGGUUUAUCCAGCCACAAGCUGACUUGUGUCAUUGUUACAGGUUUCUCUGGUAGGUUUUACUUAAACAAAUGAUUUUUGGCUCAGUGACUCUCAAUCUGAAAAACACAGUUGAAAAGUUCAGCAAGAUGGAGACCCAAGCCAUUCAUUUUCUUUCCGACUUUUUCUCUUUAUUACAAAUAUAAAACAUUACUCUAUGCAAGAAUGUCUAUUCAGAUGUCCAUAGUAAGAGUGUCCAUGGAUGCCAGAAAACAGUAAACCUGUACCUUAAACCUUUUGCUGCAGUAUAAGACUGCAUUUAUCAAAACUAUAAGACAUCUUGCAUAGGAAACAUUUCUUCCCAUGUCUGCGGUGGUCACACAUUGCUCUAGUUAAGUGGUAAUGUGCCAGUUCCCCUGAAGUAGUCUGCAUACAACUUAAUCAUCAUUUAACAAUCUGUCAAAUUCCGCUACACUGUGAGAUGCCAUCAGUCAUCUGUGUUUGUUUACAUCAAGUAGAAGAGCAUUGGUAUGAUGGCAGCAACUACUAGCUGGAUCUGCACUCCCAGCCAGUAGUGGAUGUCUGUGCUGCAACUUAUAUUUAAUGAUUUUACCAGCAUAUCAAGCUUACAUUCAUCAAACCUAUUGAAUUUUCCUUCAGGGAGCAAUGAAGUUCUUCUUCAUCUAUUAAGAAAUUGUUGAACUGACUUGUAAUUCUGGUAUGACUAACAAGGGUUAUAACAUCAUUUAGUUGACUAAUGCUCAUAACUCCAAUCCUUAUUUUGUGCGCUAAACAAGCAAGCAGAUACAAAUUUGCUGUCAAGACAGGUGAAAUUCUUCUCAUUUUGUUGUCAGCGAGAAAAUACAAUAGUAAAGUUUGUUGAAUCCAGAAUAUGUUUACCCCUUAAAAUUCAACAUAUUCGCUUUUUUGGUACACUAUACCCCCCGAAAAAUAAAGAUGCUACACAGGAGUGAGUUAGGGAUCUGGCAGUAAAAAAAGGUGAACUGCUUUAAAACAAGUUUGGAGCUGAAUGCCAAAGAACAAAGGGGCUGGGAGAUUGCAUCCUGGUGCCACACCCUCAGGCUCUGGAGUCAGGGCCUUUAUGGCAUCCUUUUGUUAAGCUGCCUGAUACACUCGGUAACCAGAAUCCCCUUUCAUCUUCCAUGGCACAGAGAGAAAGCUGCUGAAAAGAUUGUUGUAUCCAGAGUACCUGCCGUGCAUUGAAGCAGUAGGACUAGAGAUAUGAAGAAGAUAUGGUUGAAGAAUUCUGAACAAAUUUCGAGUUGGUGCAAAAAGAUGGGUGGGUUUUGUUUUUAUCCAUGGUGCAAUAGCAAUAAAAACUGUUAAAGCCUUAAAGUCAUGUAAGUUUCAUAAAAGUGCAGUUCUUUGGCUUAUUUAAAAAAAAAAAAUAAACACAUUAAUUUGAAUUGAAGUAUAAACCUGAACUGUUUUCUUCACUGUCAACCAUGUGAGAGGAUAGAUUAGGAUGUUUCCCAUCAUAUUUCCUCAGCAAACUGAGGAAGGAAAUUGUCAAGCUGGAGUUUGAUAGAUCAAUUUAACAGCUGGUUCGGCAGGCUUCUCUUUUAGCUAUAAUUCAAUCCCUCCCAGACUAACGGCAUAAUCUAUGACACGCUUGAUCUGCUAUUCAUUUGAAGUGUCGUAGCAUCCUGCUUUAUCUUCUGAUGUGGCUGAGACCUCCUCCAUACAGGCGCUUGCUUUGCCGGUUGCUAGGAGCUAUUUGCUAUAUGUAAUUUUCAUGGUUAUUAAGGCCAUGCAUUAGCUAACAUAUGACUUGGGAUUUGAGCUUCCACAUUAAUGCACAUGUCAGCGUCAGCAGAAGCAGAAGGAGCUUAAUUAGCAGCAAAAAUCCUCCAAGGAUCUCACCAUUGUUUUUUAUUUUCCCUCUUUCAUUAAUAAAACAAGAUGUUUAAUGUGCCCUCUUGAGCUGAAACAAUACCAGGUCAUACAUAUCUGACAGCAAGUAUUUUUUUUUCCUUACUGUAUAUACGCUAUGGUAAAGGCAAUUUCUUACACACAUGAUAACUGCUGUAGGCAAAUAUCCUCAGGCACCUACAUCGCCAAGAAUUCUUAUCCAUUUGGGGAACGUACAAACACCUCUUUCCAGGGAAAAGCCUUCAACAAACUCAUUUUUACCUGAGGCAGAGAAGAAUACCAUUGUUGGAUCACUGGGGUGGUGUAGUAGUUUAAAGGCCUUUGGGAGCAAACUGUAGGUGCAACUGUUUCUUUUUGGCCUCCUUUACCCUUCCUGAAACUGUGAGGCUUUGGCAAUUUAUCUGUUCUUCUACACAGUCCACCGAAAUCAGGAUAUGAUGAAUAUGACUGAUGUCAUUAUCUAUGGACAGAGGCAAAAUGAAUGUCUCACACUGUUGGUUUACAACCGAACAAGUGUGUUUUAAAGAGGCCAUGAGUGAGGAUGUAGCCAUUAUAUUAGAGCCCUUAAAAAGCUAUGAAAUAGUGAGGAUGGAAAAUAAACUGCAGUUAUGGGAUGACUAAAUAGGAGAAUUUCCUCUGUGACAGUCUUAUCGCCUAAAAGGACACGCUGUAUUUGUUCAAGCCUUUCGCAUACAUCAACAGAAAAAUGAGACCUCUGACAAACACAAACUUGUCAACCCUCAAUAUACUUUCAUGCUUGACUUGUUUGGCACAAAAUAGUGAAAAAGCUCCAGUAGAGUGCAGCUGUGACAUUUUUAUUUAACCAGUCUGUUAUCUCUGCCGUUUUGAAAUAGCUCUCUCUCAUUCUAUUCAAGUUGAACCAGUUUAAACUCGGUCAAUUUGAAGGCAUAGUCUGGGGACUGUAAUAACUCCAAGAUGAGUUACAUAUCCAUACAAACUAACAUUCAAAAACUCAUUCUGGACCUACUCUUGUGGGGCUAAGGCAUCUUUAUCUUUAAAUUAUAGGAUGACAUGGUUAGUAACCUAUAAAAUGAAAGUGCUGGGAAUAAAGUAGCUUCCACUUCACAACUGUUGGCUGUUUAAGAUACAAGUCUGAAGGCCAGGAGCUCUCAAAGACCAAAGCUGAAGCAGGUAUACUGUGCACUCUGACGUGACAUAUUUAGAUAUAAAACUAAGGGAUGAGGUAGCUUGAUAUAAAAUAAAACGACAUAAAAUAACUUUGAAUAUGAAAGACAAGGGACGAAUUAGCUUCCUCUGCAAUAAAUUUACUAUCGUAAUUAUUAGGUCCAAUCUCAAAAACACGAUGGCAGACAUUGACAUUGCAGCGGGCAAACUCACAUUAUUUCUGCAAACAUGUGACACUAACGUGGUAAAGCUUGACAGAUACCAGGUUUACCAUAAAGCAAACGAUACAAUGACAGUUUUGGGUGUAACUGACCUUACCCCUUCCUAUUUUGCAUAUUUUUCUUUGUCAUGUCCACAUGUCUGCAGCAGACUGUGCAAAGACAGCACUGAUUUCUGCUAACGUACUCAAGAUUAUGUGCUGGUGACUUGCAACAAUUGAUAAGUAGAGCUUAUCUUAUAUUCUAUGGCUUAAGGACGGGGUAUGAUUACAACACAUCUUAUGUAAAGUUAAAGCUGGUCCUUUCAAUAUGAUAGCCUUUAGGUGUUUCCAGCAUAAGCUAAUUAGGUGCCGAUUGCAUCAUAUAUUAGCAUUAAGAGAGGUACUUUUUGUUCAUUUACUCUGCACUAAAUAUGCCCUUUUAGUAAAUAAAAAGGUGACCUAAGAUGGCCAAAUCGGUACUAAACUCCAGACUUGAUAUUUUGAUGGAAAGGUCAGUCCCAGUCCACCAGUUAGUCCCCAUGGAAAUGAGGAUUUCUCCUGCGGGGAACAUGACUGUCUUUAAAUACUUUUGUAGUAAUCCAUGAAAUAGUUGUUAGAUCUUUCAGCCUCAUCCAAAGCGGUGGACAAACAGACAAUAACAUUUCCAUCCCUAGAGCUAUGUGGCUAGUGAUGCUUCAAAGUUUCUGUGCCGUCAGUGCUUUUCAUGUUAUUCUUCAUAAUACAAUUGUUAGACUCUUCUUCAAUAGCCCAAGUAAUUAGGAUGUUGUUAUCUUUCCACAUGGCCCAGUAAAUCAGCCAUAAAAACAAAAGAUUAAUUAAUUUUAUUAGGCUGGCAUUGAAGCGUAACACUAAUACUGGUAAUUGCACCUUAAUUUGGUGAAAAUUUCCUGUUUGGUUGGGACUUAAGCACCAAAUUAUUACAAAAAAUACCCAACAACAAUGCAUUUAAACCCCCCAGACAGGCACCACAGAUAGAAAAUGACAAAUAAAGGAUUUUACUUGAAAUCACUGAAAAAGAAAUGUUCUCUGAUUGACAUGCUUAUGGUUUUUGUUUGUACAAAUUUGCUGUUGGUCAUGGGGUACUGCUUAAUUUUGCAAGUUGAUAUGCAUGAAGACAAAAAUGAUUCACCCAUGGUAUUUCUUUCAAAGUGCCAGCAGCAGAAAUAAGAAGAUCUGACUUAGUCUGAGACUUUUUGAAAGUUGAAAUGAAAAAAAUGUUUACAUUUUGGUUAUGUCAUUAAAUGCUGCAGCAAGAAGCAAAACAUCCACCUCAAGAAAUGUGGGUGAGGGUUGGUUAUCCCACUGCCCUAUAUACUCCUGGCUGGUUCGUACAUGCUCUUGCAAAACAUUGUCCCAUGUUGUUGUCGGUUCUUGAAAGACUAUGUCAUCCAGGCCGUGAACCUUUCGCAUUUUCAUUAUCUCUGACUGACGUGCAGGGGCCCUACAUGCCUCCUCUGCACACGCCUCUCAACAUGCCACGCCUCCUGUAACCUGAAAGUUCAACAACUUCUUGCCAACAGCUGAAAAAAAAACACUGUUGUGCCACUGCUCCUGUUUCCCAGACCCUGCUUAUAUAAAGCUAUAGCUGCUGAGUGCAGGACAAAUCAAGUAGUCUGUGAAGGUAGACAGCUGGCUGGAAGAAAAGAGAGUUUGCUUUAUGGGUGAGCUCUGUGAAAACUGAUAUCUUCAUUCAAGAAAGAUCACACUGAGGCCCUGCUUUAAUCUGGUAACUAUGUCCUUUAUUCUAUUACAGUGAUGGAUAAUGGGAAUAGGUUAAAAAUGAGUCACUGAGUAAAUUUCAUUUGUGUACUCAACAGUCAUAUCGUAAUUUUAAUUGUGUUAUCAACAGUCAUAUCUCCAUAGUCUUGAAUUUUGCCAAGUUGUCUUUUCCUUCAUUAUUUUUUGACAAAUACACUCAAAAAGGACUCAAAACGUUCCUUUUUAACAGAACUUCUGGUCCCUCCUCAUAGAUUCUUAUCUUGCUUUUACUCUUUUAAUAAGAUUUGUCUCUUGUUUUUUAACCAAUAACCUGUUUUUAUUCCUUUACUGUAAAAUGUCUUUGCUUUUAAGAAUGUAGCCCUUUGAGGUCGCUUGAUGUAAAGGGCACUACAAAUAAAAUGUAUUAUUAUUAUUAUUAUUAUUAUUAUUAUUAUUAUUAUUAUUACAUACAAUAAAUGGAUUGAAAAGUUGUUUUCAUGUCUGCAAGGAAGUGGGAAAGGACAAAAGUACUUAGUAGGACACAUGUACUUUAAGGUAUUUCUUUACUGUAUGCUUACGUUCAGUUCUUUGAAAAAGGACAUAAUAGUACAUAAUACUUUGAGGUAUUUCUUUCAGUUACAAUGUGUAUAAUUAGGUUGUUUUGGCCAUGAAAAUGCUGGAAAAAAAGGAUGAUCAAAGCAGCUCCUGUACAGUGUCCUUGAUUGUAUAACAGCUCUUGAAAUGCUCUUCACAGAUAGGACUAGUUGUGUUCUACCGCCAUUUAAAGUACUUCUCUGUUUCCACUUUCGCUUCAGCUCUCUCUCCAGCCUCCUGCCUGGUCUACUCAGCGCGUCUGUUCCGGACGAAGAGGGUGGUGGGGUGGCGCCACGUCAUAUCAGCCGCCGCGCUCUGAUUGGCUGACGAUUCUCACCCGACACAGCUGUGAUUGUUUUCUGCAGAGGAAGCUGUUGCCCCCGGUAUGAGCUCUGUGCUGAGGAAUGGAGCAGCACUGUGUGUUGUUUUCGUCCGAUGUGUGUCUGAUCGCGAAUGAUGUGAACAAACAACGUGAUUGAAGUCCUUGUUGUACCGAACAGGAGAACAAGGAGGAGAUCCUGGGUGUUUUAUUAUCUGUUGAGGCGCGGAUGAACAGGAGUGGAGGCUUCUGUUUGGACCAGACACUCAAGACGUCUGGAGAUCAAGGUAAGAAACAAGAAUUACAUUUUAUUUUCACACAAUUAUAAGUCAUAAACUGAUCGUUAAGUGUAUCAAUGCUGUCUCAUUUCUUAGACCAAAAGUGCCAAAUGCCCAGACUUGAGGACCACUGCUGGAGCUGCUCCUGUGCAUCGAGGGUUGAAACUAAACACUCAUCUGGAGCGAACUGGUUAGCAUCUAAAGCUGAAGAAAUGAUGUCCAUCAUCACCUCGAUGCUCAGCAAUGCAUACGGCUCUCUGCACGACGUCCGGACGGCCAACCUCAUCCGCAGGGGUCUGGUCCUCUUCACCGUGGGAGCGUUUCUCGCCCUGGUGCUCAACUUGCUGCAGAUCCAGAGAAAUGUCACCCUGUUUCCCGAGGAGGUGAUGACAACUUUGUUCUCGUCUGCAUGGUGGAUCCCACCCUGUUGUGGGACAGGAGCCGGUGAGUAAACAAGUUAAUAUGUUUGUUAAUGUGCAGCAGAACAGCUGAAUGGGGGUUAUCAGGAGUUUGCUGCUAAGUUUGGGACAAAGGAAUGUAGAGAGGAGGGGUCAGUGUGCUCCUGCUGUUUCCCCCUUUGGAUUGAGGCAAUAAAGUAAAAAGUAAAGCAAGAGAGUCGAUAAAGAAACAACAAAGAGGCAGCUUUAGGUCUUGACACGUUCAUGUAAGGUGAACUGAAACCAAAUCGAGUAGCAAAACAGCUGAGUUAUUAUUUAUUCUCUUCUUUUGAGCCAUUAAAAACACGCUGACUCUUCUAUCAGCGUCUGCACUAUCAGGUGGUUAUGACUCAUUAUUCGGCCUUGUUUUUGUUGGCUAUUUCAUAAGCCUUCUUCUUCGGGGCUAUAAUAUUCUAUUCAUGGUUUUGUCUGGCACAGUUAUGAAAAAAAAAAAGACUGGGUACAGAUGGCAGCGAAUCUCGAGCUCUGAUUGGCCGCAGCAAAUGGACACGAGGGUGAGCUGCGCGCUUAUUGGUCAGUGUCAUAACGGGUGAGCUGAGGGGGAGGCGCUUUAAGGCCAAGAACCCGGAAAUGAGGAGGAAAAAUAAGCGCGUCUAUCGUCAGCUCCUCCUCCCAUGUGCUCCAGGGCAGAAAACAAGUGAUUGAGGAGGUGUACUCUAGUCUUGACAGUGUGUUUACAUUGGCUUUCUGCAUUAUUAAUGGCUGUCAUUACCCCUGCAGAGACUUGUUAAAACUUUAUUAUAUAAACUAGGUCCAUACUUAGUUCAGUGACCUCAUUUCUGCAUAAAUGUGUCAGUUAUAGUUUUAUUACCUGAGAAAUUACUUAGGGGAGAGUGGGGUAAGAUGAGCCAUUUUUCAUAUUUCACUUCUUCACAUUCAUGUGUAUUUUUAUCUAUUAUACGCUAUUCAACUGGUACAUUUUUUCAUUAUUUUUGCAUAUAACUGCUAAAAAGCUGUUUUGUAAAAAGCCAUUUUAACAUGAGAAUGUCUUUAAGUGAUUCAGAACAUUCACAGCUGUAUUUUUGAAAAGAAAAAGUAACACAUUUCAACAAUCUGAACUCAAACUCUGAUCCUCUCAUCAGACUCCUUUACUUUCUCAGUUGGGCCAAAUGGCUCAACUUACCCCAGAACUACUAUUACGACUUUAUUAGUCCUCUAAGCUAAAAUGGUGGACUUUUAUGUUAGGUUUUGACCUUAUGUUGUAGCUCAUAGAUACCACAGUUGAUCUAUAAAACAAAUUUAAAAUGACCUUUUUUGGUCUGAACACAAUUCGAAUAAAACUGAUGACAGACAAAAUUCACUUCCAAGAGUGAAUUUUUUUUUUAUAAUAAUAAUAUAAUUAUACUUACAGUCUGUUUAUAGCCUUCAUAUUGAUAACCACAUGUAUAAUCUGUUCAUAGCCUGUACGUACUUAUACUCCAUGACAUACUCAUGUAUAUAUUCUUUCAUACCGUGUUCAUUUGUAAAUAUAUUUAUACUUGCUAAGCACUUCAGGAUGGAUGCAAACUGCAUUUCGUUGCUCUGUACUUGUGACAUGUGCGAUGACAAUAAAGUUGAAUUCUAUUCUAUUCUAAAGUGCAUGUUCAGCUAUGAGAACAAUCCCACAAAGCAGCUUCCUAAAACAUUUCCGCCUCCACUGUUUUGCAGGAUCAUUGCUUAUUUUGUGGUUCUUUUUGUUCCCCUUUUCACAGCUGUGGUCGGCCUGCUGUAUCCCUGCCUUGACAGCCAUCUGGGAGAGCCACAUAAGUUCAAGAGAGAGUGGGCCAGUGUCAUGAGGUGCAUCGCAGUGUUCGUUGGCAUCAACCAUGCCAGUGUUGUAUCCUUUUACCAAGAACUUUCUGGUGGAUUCAUGAGAGAGAGUUAAUCAUUUGUAAAAUAAAAAAAUGAGCUGUUUUGCUCUAGUUAAUUCAAGCAAAGGGAUGUCUCUCUCUUUACCCUUACAAUGCAACAGAUCUCAGUGCGAACAGGUUAUUCAAAUAUUUGCUCAAGAAUUUACCCGACUCUAUCGUCAUACCUGUUUGACUUUGUCCUUAACUGCCUUGUACCUCAGAAACUAGACUUUGACAACAACGUGCAGCUCUCCCUAACUCUUGCUGCCUUGUCCUUGGGCCUGUGGUGGACUUUUGACCGGUCCAGGAGUGGCUUUGGUUUGGGGAUCACCACUGCCUUCCUAGCAACCGUCAUCACACAGCUGCUGGUCUACAAUGGAGUCUACCAGUAAGUUAGAAUUUGCCUUUCAGUUUUCAUUUUCAGAGAACAAAACCUAUGCUGUUCUGUUUGUUUUCUUACACCCAAAACAAUUCAUGAGUUGCAUAAUGUUGAAUAUACAGCUCUGAGGUAGUGAAUGAGCCUGCUCUAGUUAAACAAGAAAGAUGUGUCAGCUUCUAAAUAGUAAAAGAAUACACAGCUGAGAGAAGGAAGUGUUUGUCACGAUUCAAGGCGCAAAAGGCAGCUUAGAAAACAAGGGAGGGAAAACUAAGGGGAAAUAAUUAUAUGUCAAUGUGCAGCUAAAAUAUUCCAUUUUUGUUUUGUCUCUUUUAGGUACACAUCCCCAGACUUCCUAUAUGUACGCUCUUGGCUACCGUGUAUAUUCUUCUCAGGCGGUGUUACCGUGGGGAACAUCGGGCGACAACUUGCCAUGGUAAAUUCUGCAACUGUCUUACACCUGUUAUCACAUUUCUAGCAUACCUUAUAUCAUGAACAGCUGAUUUCAGUCUUCUAACUAACAAGACAUCAGCAACCAACUGUUUCAGAUAUAAGAACAAAAAUAUGUCAGUUUACGUAUUUAUUAAAAGUGCUAUGAUAGCUCCCGUUUUGUGUAUCUGUAGCUCACAACCUUUAAAUAAUCCAAUAAAAAGGUCUAUUUUUGUUACGAGUCCACACAUCCAUUCAUAUUUGUCAUCAUCGGCCAUAAAAAUCUGUAGAUGUCAAACUCCUCUGCUUUUGGUCUAAACAGACUGACAGAAAGUCAGGCUACAAAGGAUUCCUCACACUCUAUUUAACUGUAUACAGCUAAGCACAAACGCCAAUAACCCUGUCAAAAGGUCCAAAGUUGCAGAAGCCCUUCUCCCUUCAUAAUUAUCCCAUCAAGUCAGCUUUGAUGUCUUCAUUAGACUCGUGCCCAGAAGCCUCACCUCAUUCUGUCUGUAAAGUAAGAGUCCUGUCACUCCCUCAGUUUGACUCAGUGAAAGCGUGAAAGCAGAUUAAGGGCUGUUGUUUUUCACAGUCGUGGCGGGACACAGAGCCAGUCAGGACUCGGCUGACCAGAGGGUCAUUUGCUACUCGUUGUUUUUGUUUGUGAUGAGGCCUGAGGAAUGUUGGCACAAGUCUGCACUCGUGGUUUUGUUCUCUUGUUUUUCUCGCUUUCGCUCCAGUGACUCAUUUAUGAGAGGGAUUUGGAGGAACAUGAGACUCUUCCUGAAAUCUGUUUUUUGGUGGCUCUUUUUUUUUUUUGGCAUAAUACAAAUUCCAGUAAAACAAUCUGUUCGACAUUAUUAACCAUGCUGAAUACAAAAAAGGCUUUACUCUGUCCAACUCUUGCACUCGGCUUUGAAGCUGAAUGGUGAUGAAUAAUACGAGUUAAUUUACAGUUACAGUCAGGUGUUCCACUUUGGAAUCAGUGUACAAACAGAUUUCCAGAGAGCUUUACAUUACAAAUGUUGAUGGGGGAAAAAAAAGAAGCGAGAAGAGCAAUUUCUAAAGCUGAAGAAGCAGUAUAGUUUCCUCUCUGGAAAAAGAAGUUGUCCAGAAAGAGGAACCAGUAGAAAAAUGUUUCCCUCUUUUUUAUCAUAAAGAGGAAGCAGGAUUGUAUUCCUGCUUCCUUGUAUGUGAGAGCUAUGAAUGGCAAAAUAAGUGUUAGUUUUUCCCACUAUUUACUUUCAGCUGCAGUUUAUAAGUGUUCAUGGUGGCUGUAUGGGGCAGAUGACUGUCUACCUAUGAGUCUGGUUCUGUUUAGGGUUCCUGCCUGUAAGAAGAGGUCUUACCCUCUGCUUUGACUAAGGGCUUGUUCAAGACAGAUUUUGAUUGGGACAUAGCCAGCGUUACAAAGGCUAGAGUACAGAACAGUAAUUUACGGUAAAUUAGCAGAAGAUAACCGUUGCGGUGACCAGUCACCUACGGCUUUAAGAGUGUCUCAAAUCCGUCUGCCAGUUGUCAGAAAGAGGUCCAAACCGACGGUCCUAGAUAUGCCAUCAACACUUCUUCUGUCUUUCCUCAGGGUGGUCCGGAGAAACUCCACAUGGACUGAGCAGCUGAAAACCACAAGAAGGACAGCCGUUGUAAAAAUGGACAAGUUUUGUGAAGAACGAGAAGAGUAACAGGAGAAAAACAGACUCGUUGUUUUGACUUCAUUCUUUGUUCUCUUAACAAAGUACGGGACAGAAGAAGCCCCUCAUCUAAUGUGCCAUGUCCUCUGCACCUCCCAGUGGCCAAACAACCACUUUCUCCCACCCCGUUGUCCUCCAUUAGCAUUACAGCUUCCUUCACACUGAGACCAGAGGACAGUAUUUGCCUUCUUUUGUUUCUUUGAAGUGAACUGCUUUUAUUUCAUGCUGGAAGUUUGUAUCCGUCUGUAGUUUGUGGGUUGAAAGGUUGUGUGUGUGUGUGUGUUUGUGAUGAAGUGUGAAUGUAUCCAGAUCUCAACAGAGGUGAAGUGUGAGAGGUGCUAAAAGUUUUGUUUCUAGCCUGAGUAUAAUAUGAUCACAAAAGGGAAUAUUGUAUGAGUGGGCAAAAAGACAAUGUCUUCACUCACAUAGAAAUGUAUUCAGACACCUCAGUUGCGUCACUGAAGCACAGUGGAGUUGUGUAAUCCCAGUCAAACCAAAUUAAGUAUUUAUUUUGUAAAUUUUGAAUGACCCCCAAACCAAAUGUACCGCAUGACUGACAAUGAACGCUGCACCAUUUUGAUUAUUUGUGAAAAGAUUGUGUUAAUGGUACGCUCUGUGUGGUAAAUACGUAGCGAGCACAGGAAGAAGGUUAGCUUAGUUUGGGAAAAUGCUGGAAACACAGGGUUAAACUACAUAUCUUUACCUUAAAUUAAUAUGUUUCUUGUUUGGUUUAAAGUUAAAAAGAAAAGCUACCUGUCUGUUGUCCUAAACACAAAUCAGCAGGCACCUCACAAGUUCAUUAACCAAGACAUUAAGACAUUGUUAAUUUGUUUCAGGCUAUAAAAGCUAAGCUAACCAGCACUGGCUACAUAUUUACCUCACAGACAUGAGAGCAGUGAAAUGAGGAGCUACAGGAAAUGUAUGAGGGAGUGCCAAGUAGCUUGACACCAGUUUGUACAGGCUGAUAUUGAACAGAUUUUCUUCCUGAAUGAGAAAAGGUCGUAUUUACAUCAUUAAGUAUUCACAGCUGUCUGUGAAAAAGUGUAGAUUCACAUUUUGUGUUUUGGGAAACUCCUCUGAGACCUUUGUUACGUUGUUUUGUCUGUUCUGGCAUGCUUCAGACAAACAGGCAGAGGAUUGUUUAGUGAGGAAGGAGGGAGAGGCGAGAUCUCAAAGCAUUAGUCUGGUUGAAAUGUCCCAGUCUGCGCAUUUUGAGUAAUUUUUUUUACUAUCAGGGUGAGGAAAGUCACAGCAGUGGAUGUUUUUUGAAUGAAUGUUAUGGGAGUCUACUACUUUUGCCAGCAUCUUUGAUUUUUGUUCAAUUAGUUCAAACUUUUUGUGACCAGGUGUUGAAUGUCCCAUACUUCCCAAUGUGACACAACUUUUUACUGGGUGAUUUCACACGAUCCCCUAUUUAAAUUUUUAUUUUCAAACAAUAGUUUGGGAACAUUAAAGGAGAGGUCUGGACAUUAUGACCUCAGAUUUGCAAUCUGUGAUUGCCGGUGUAUUAUAGAAUGUAGUGCUUUUGUCACUAUAACAGUUUAGUUUUAUCAUUUGUACAAACAUUAUGACAUUACUGCUUGUAUGUAUAAUGGCUUGCCUAUGUAAUCAGACCGGUAUUAUGACCAUACUAGACUUACAGUAGUUAGUGUUUGGGGGUCUAGAGAAUUAAGUGCAAUCAGAUUAUACAUGAGCUGAUUAUUCUUUAUUUAUUACUUUGACAAAAAGGCUAAAAAAUACAUAACUUGAGUAAGUAUAUGCAGUGUGGAAAAAAAAGCAAUAACAUUGUCUUUUUUUUUUUUGUCAGAGAUUACAUGCCUUCAGGGUCAUCUGAGACUCUCACCAGAGAAAUGACAUAAAGUACAUAUGUGUCAAACUGUUGGGACAAAAAAAAGAAAUCUCAUUUAGUAGCAUUAUGGAAGGAAACCUGAUUUAUUUUUUUAAAUACUCUUUGAAGCAGAUCACUUUGGGGUUGAAUCUGCAGACGUUCAGGUGUGUUUAACUGAAGAGGAAGCUUUAUUUUUCAAGGUGAUGAAGCACCUUUCGUUUCGAUGUUUUAGAGUUGUUGUGUGUGUGUGUCUGAUACUUCAGAUGUGUAUCAUUUUGCUACCAUGGAUUUAAGUGAAAAAUAAAAACACCUGACAAGGACAUUGGUGUGGAGUCU